AUGACGAAAUUUUUAAAGAGACUGGGUACAAAGAAACAGAAAUAUCUGAUCAGUAUGUAGAUUGUAUCCAUUGAGAUACCUGCUGAUGAAAUGAUCUAGCGUAUGACUCUGGAAUGGAGACGGGGUAAAAAGAAAUUCGAAACCAAAAAUUAUUUCCAAAUUUCACCUGAGCGGUAAAAAGUGGAGAUUAAUGAAAUUUUCUCUAAGGUUUCUAUGUUCUAUCUUCAUCAAAAGACUAAUAAGCACGAGAAAAAAGAUUGUUCUCUUAAGUUGAAGGGAUUCACUGCAAGUUCCGGCUUUAAAGAGAAAGUCAUUGGGGUGAUAAAGUUUGAAUUAUCUGAUUAUGUGGGCAUGAUAAGGGAAGAUAAAAGUUUCGACAUACUCAAAUGUUCAAUUCCAAACUCCACUGCUAAUAUCAAAAUUACAGUUUCACUAGAUUAUGGAGAAGAGCUGUAGAAAUUACGUUAGCUUUCAAUAAAAUCUCAUGUAAUAGAUGGCUCAAGCAGUGAUGAAGAGGGAAUUUUUAAGAAUAAGACUCUAGGAAAUUUGGAAUCAGAGUUAUCUAUGUAAUAAGCUGCCUAAGAUGAGUUAUUUACUAAAUACUAAGUUGAGGGAGGUAACGAAAAUGGUCAUUUUAGCAAUAAGGGAUAUGAAACCUCUGUAUUGACAGAUUCAAGAAUCAAGCAACAGAAAUUAAACAAGGAAACUCUGAGGUUGUUAGAAUAAAGCAACGAGCAAUUAAACAUUCAAAAGUCAUCAAUAGUUAACAGUCUUACUCUAGAAGAAAAAAUCAACUUCAUAAUUCAAAGAUAGAUCGAGCAGGAUGAGUAAAACUAAAGGAUACUAAAUACUCUGAAUUCAAAUAUGCUGAUAUUGCAAGAGUAAAACUAGAAGUUACUAAAGGAUAAUGAUGAGCUCAUGAAGAAUGUGUCCAAUAAUCAGAACAACAUUGCUAAACAUGAGGAUAUAAUAUAGGAAUAGCAGUAAAUAAUAACUGAUCUGAAGAAGGAACUGAAGGAAAAAGAAUUAAUAAAUAAUGUUCAAUCUUUGGAUUAACAUGUGCCUUCGAAUAGUCAACUAAGUCGAGGUUAAACACUAACAGAGUAACAGCUAGUAGACAUUCAAAGCUAAUUCAAUGAGCUUAAGGUUCUCAUUAUAUAGAAUUCUAAUAGAGAUUCCAUUAGUCAUUAAACUGACUUAUACAAAUUAGAUGAUUUCUGA